AACCACACUGCCAAUCAAGUGGAUAAGUAACAGCAAGAGUCGGUGAGCCAGGUAAAAUCUUUAGUUUCAGUUUGGAGAAAACUAGAUAUGGAGGAGCAAUGGAGGCUGUAUGAAGCUUAUAAUGAGCUACAUGGGUUAGCACAGGAACUGAAGACUCCAUUCGACGCACCGGCUGUGUUAGUGGUGGGCCACCAAACCGAUGGAAAGAGUGCACUGGUGGAAGGUCUAAUGGGCUUUCAAUUCAACCAUGUAGGCGGCGGCACCAAGACUCGUCGCCCCAUUACUCUCCAUAUGAAAUAUGAUCCUGAAUGUGAGGUCCCUACUUGCCAUCUUGUCUCUGAUGAUGACCCCUCUUUUGCUCAGGAGAAAUCCCUCCAUGAAAUUCAGGCAUACAUCGAGUCUGAAAACAUGAGGUUAGAGAAGGAGUCGUUUCAAUUUUCAGCUAAGGAGAUAAUUAUAAGAGUGGAAUACAAGCAUUGCCCGAAUCUUACUAUUAUAGAUACUCCUGGACUUAUUGCUCCUGCCCCGGGCCGGAAAAAUCAAGCAUUACAGAGUCAAGCUCAUGCGGUGGAGUCACUUGUGAGAGCAAAAAUGCAGCAUAAAGAAUUCAUUAUAUUGUGUCUUGAAGAUUGUAGUGACUGGAGUAAUGCAACUACUCGAAGAGUUGUAAUGCAAAUUGAUCCUGAGCUCUCAAGGACUAUUGUUGUCUCAACAAAGCUUGACACUAGAAUACCUCAGUUUGCUCGCUCAUCUGAUGUUGAAGUGUUCCUUUCACCACCAGCGCAUACACUUGAUGGUUUCAUAUUAGGUGACUCUCCCUUCUUCACAUCAGUUCCUUCUGGAAGAGUUGGUUCUGGCCAUGAUUCAGUUUAUAGCUCCAAUGAUGAAUUUAAGCAGGCCAUAUCCUUGAGAGAGGUGGAAGACAUUGCAUCUUUGGAGGAAAAGCUGUGCCGCCCAUUAUCAAUGCAAGAAAGAAAUAGAAUAGGUGUUAGCAAGUUAAGGUCCUUUUUGGAAGAAUUGCUACAGAAGAGGUAUAUGGAUAGUGUUCCAUUGAUCAUUCCGCUUCUUGAAAAGGAGUAUCGCACUGCAACAAGAAAGCUGAAUGAAAUAAACAAAGAACUCAGCACUUUGGAUGAAGUAAAAUUGAAGGAGAAAGGGAGAAAAUUUCACGAUCUAUUCAUAACCAAGCUGUCAUUGUUGUUGAAAGGGACAGUUGUUGCUCCUCCAGAUAAGUUUGGCGAAACACUGCAAGAUGAGAGAAGUAAUGGAGGGGCAUUUGUUGGCACUGAUGGUCUUCAAUUCCCACUCAAGCUAAUACCUAAUGCAGGGAUGCGUCUUUAUGGGGGUGCACAAUAUCAUCGUGCAAUGGCUGAAUUCCGUUUUGUUGUUGGGGGAAUCAAAUGCCCUCAAAUUACACGUGAAGAAAUUGUGAAUGCAUGUGGAGUUGAAGAUAUCCAUGACGGAACUAACUACUCUAGGACGGCUUGUGUAAUAGCUGUAGCCAAGGCUCGUGAUACAUUCGAACCUUUUCUUCAUCAGUUAGGUUGUAGGCUCUUGUACGUCUUAAAGAGAUUACUUCCAAUCUCGGUCUAUCUUCUUCAGAAAGAUGGUGAGUAUCUAAGUGGUCAUGAUGUAUUCCUCAAGCGUGUUGAUUCCGCCUUCAGCAACUUCGCCGAAUCUACAGAAAGGGCAUGCCGUGAAAAAUGCAUGGAGGACUUAGAAAGCACCACACGUUAUGUAACAUGGUCCCUCCACAAUAAGAACCGGGCUGGGUUACGCCAAUUCUUAGACUCCUUUGGUGGAACGGAGCAGUCUGCUAUGGGAGUUAAUCCUAUAUCUGCUAGUCUGGAGUCAUCCAUGGUUUCAGCUGCCAAUGAGAAGCAUGACAAUAGACCAAGGGCUGAUGUCAAACUCAGUCAUUUGGCUUCAGGCAUUGACUCAAGCUCUGCAGUUCAGACAACAGAAACACGCCUUGCAGAUCUUCUUGACAAAACCCUUUGGAAUCGAAGACUUGCCCCUUCAUCUGAAAGAAUUGUUUAUGGUCUAGUUCAACAGAUAUUCCAUGGCAUAAGAGAGUAUUUCUUAGCCUCUGCUGAGUUGAAGUUCAACUGUUUUCUUUUGAUGCCGGUUGUAGACAAGUUGCCAGCACUUCUUCUGCAGGACCUAGAAUCAGCAUUUGUAGAUGAUUUAGAUAACGUUUUUGACAUCACCAACUUGCGACACUCUUUCAGCCAACGGAAGCUAGAAACAGAGAUGGACCUUAAAAGGAUCAAGAGACUCAAAGAGAAAUUUAGGCUGAUAAAUGAGCAGCUUACUUUGCAUCAACUCAAGGCCGUCCCCAUUGAAUGAGCCCUAUACCAGAGCGACACUUGAAAGGUUUAAAGCAGUUGUGGAUGCAUGAGCUAAUCAAGCUAUCUGCACCUUCAAUAUCGUAUACGUACAUUUUGUCAGUCUUUGUUCUGCACGAUGAUGUUUUGAGCGUGAUCUCAUUAUAACCAUAGAAGAUAUGAUGCAAAAUUCUCUGUUCAAGAUUUCAAAUUAGUGUGUAUUGUAAUCCUACAUAUCUUGUGUCGUAGUCUUUUGUUUUGUUGUUGAUUGAUGACAAUAAGAGAAUUUAUCCUAAUUACUUUGUUCUUUU